AUGUCAAAGUUUAUCGAUAUGUUUUCUGGUGCACCGAUAAAGUCAACAAAUCCGAUGCUGGAUCCGAUCGGAUCUGAGCACGGGAUUGAUCGACCUGGGAAGAGAAAGUUUUCGAGGUUUUUAUUGCAUGAAGCUUUACAAAUAAAUGAUCGAUUUUGUAAUUCGUCAAAAAAUACGAAUAUGGUUUCUGAUCUUACAUCACUUUCAUUGGACGAAAAGGAUGCUCUGGUGGAAAUACAAAUACACGAGUUAAGAAUUAAUAGUUGGAAAGGCAGUGCAAAUAAAUUUGCAGUUGCAGGUUGUGAAUAUCAUAGCAUCCCAGGACGAUGGUUCCUGAAGCAGGAUUCCAUGAAUUUCCAACAAAAUCCCUGA